AUGGAGUCCCCCUCCUCAUCCCAUGCUGGUCAGAAGCGCAAAGUCAACGAUAUGAGCUCCGACGAAGAUGAGCGCCCGACCAUGGGCUUUCGAGGGUUCAAACGAGCUGCAUCUCGCUCUGAAUCGCCCCCCCGAAUGGGCGGACUAGGCAGCGCAUCUCGCAAACCGUGGAAUAAUAUGGCUGGGGGAGGUGGAGGCGGAGCUGCCGCGAGGGGAGGAGGAGGUGGUGGGAAAGGCGGCGCAGGCAAUUCUUUCGCGGCGCGCAUGAUGGCAAAAAUGGGUUACAAGGAAGGACAAGGUCUUGGAUCUACAGGUCAGGGUAUUGUGACUCCGAUUGAAGCGCAAGCUCGACCUCAAGGCGCGGGUUUGGGCACAGUCCGAGAGAAGACGAAACAGACACGCGAAGAAGAGAAACGAGCAGCGGCGCAACGUGGAGAAUCUAUCGAGGAUAGCUCUGAUGAAGAGGCACAACGGCGACGGAAGAAGAAGGAGGCUCGGAAGGGUGGUCGCGAUAGUCGCAGUGGAACAGGCACGCCAGUCUCGCGCCCUAAGCCUAAGUUCCGGACUGCGCGAGAGAUCGAGGUUGAUAUGGAGGGGUUACAAGUACCGAAUGUUCUUAAGUCGUUGGUGGAUGCUACUGGCAAGGAACAACGAGUAUUGACCUCGACGGCUGGAUUGAUGUCUUCGCAACAAUUUGUUACUCAGGAAGAGGGUGAAGCUUUGAAAAUCGCCCGACGAGCCCGGAAUGACUUGGAAGCUUUUGCGGACGAGUGGAAGGGUUUGACUGAACGGAAAAAGUUUAUCGAAGUUGAGGAAGUUCAGGUUGUGGAUGAGCUUGAUGCGUAUCAAGGCCGAGUCAAUCAUUUAACUGGAUUAAUCGCCGCCAUCGAAGAGCUGGAUAUCUUCGAGCACGACGAAACUACCACGUCCAAGUUUGAUGAGAUGACUGAGAAACUUGAAUCCAUGGAAUCGAAGUAUCAGGAUAUUGCGGAUGAAUACAAGGUCGCCGAGACCGCCAUUGCCGCUAUGCAUCCAUUAUUCAAACAAGCGAUGGAAGAAUGGGAACCGCUUCAAAAUCCUACAUUUCUUGUAUCCAAUCUCACUCGUCUUCAACCUAUUCUUUCUCGCCGGAACGAGAAUGAGCAAAUUCGCCAGCGCUCGUCGACAUCACCUUACGAAACCAUGAUAUACACUCUUUGGCUCCCACGAGUGCGCUCUGCUCUUUUGAACGAUUGGGAUGUUUACGACCCAACAGCUGCGACGACCUUAGUCACUGCUUGGAAACCGAUAGUCCCCCCAUUUGUACUCGCCAAUCUUCUCGACCAACAAGUCGUUCCAAAGCUCAGCGGCGCUUUGAAAGAAUGGAAGCCACGCAGCAGCCGCCGACAUCCAUCAAGCCAACAAGAUGGUCGCUUCCCAUGGUGGCUUUUCCAAUGGCUACAAUAUUUGGACGAACGACAUACCAAUCCAAAGCAACCCACCGGUCUCAUGUCAGAUACGAAAAGAAAAUUCCGUGUGGUUUUGGAUUCAUGGAGUUUACGUCGCGGCCUUAUCAACGGACUGGACCUUUGGCGCGAUGCGCUGGGCUCCGAAUUUGACGUCUGUCUGCGCAAUCACCUAUUACCUCGUCUUGCCCGACACCUACGUGAACAUUUCGUUGUCAACCCACAAGACCAAGACAUGACACCCCUCGAAGAUGUCCUCCGCUGGAAGGAAUUCUUCCAACCGAACGUUAUGGGCCUCCUAUUGAUCUCCGACUUCUUCCCCAAGUGGCACGAUAUCCUCUAUAUCUGGCUCACCAACGACCCGAACUACGAAGAAGUUGGCACCUGGUUCUCCUGGUGGCGCGAACAAAUCCCAUCAGAGGUCAACGAGCUUGCCAUUGUAGAAGAACAGUGGAACAAAGGAUUACAAACCAUGCACCUGGCUCUGGAGCUUGGUGACCGCGCCGCUACCGAACUCCCCCGCCCAACAACAGGCGACCAACCGAAACUUCUCCAGGAAGAAGCCAAGUCGAAAGCCAAAGCAGCGGCAGCAGCUUCUGUGCCUCCACUUAAACCCAAACAUCAUCAUAUGGAGGAGCCUUCUUUCAAGGAGAUUGUCGAAAACUGGUGUAUGGAACAAGGCCUUAUUAUUCUACCACUUCGCGAAGCCAAUCCGCAGAAUGGUCUGCCAUUGUUUCGGAUUACUGCCAGCGCGACUGGGAAGGGCGGAGUGGUGGCUUACUUGCAAGGGGAUGUGUUACGGGUGCAAAAUAAAAAGGCUAAGGAGCUUUGGGAGCCUAUGCUGUUGGAAGAUCGGUUGGUUGAACUUGCGGAGGGACGAUAG